AUGGGCGAGAUUACAGAGAUCGAGAUCGAGACCGAGAUUACCGGGACGACGAUAGAUACUAUCGUCCAAGACGAUCGCGUAGCCGGUCGAGAAGUCCCGAUAGACAUAGAUCUAAUGGUAGAUAUGACCAUUGGAAAGAAGAUUAUGCAAACAGGAGAGAAGAAAGGUGGGGAGGAAGGGAGCAUUAUGACGAUCGAGACGAUAGCGGAAAGAGGAGAAAAGGAAAGGGGUUUAAAGGGCCUGAGAAUGCUUAAAGAGCCUGGAACAGAGGAUACUGAUUAUGAUACUGUAUUAUUCGAGUAUAGGGAUUUUGGAGAGACAGAAAUCCGAAUUCAGCAAGUUCUGGAUAGCCUAAACGCCAGCAUAGAAAACAUUCGACUAAUCAGAGAUCGCAAGACAGGUUUAUCUCGCCGAUUUGCCUUUGUCAAGUUUACAAGUGUCGAACAUGCACGGCAGUUUAUCGAAGCCAAUCAACCGUUUAUCACCAUUGACAACCUGCGCGUGAAAGUCGAAUACAGCAACAGUUCAUCCGUGGAAGAUGAAGGUUGGGCAUGCAAGAACGUAAGCGCGGUUUCGCAUCCACUCAUCGACGACCCUAUCCUCGUGACUUUCGUCAUGAGCAUAGUCACGGAGGAAAUAGUCAGAAAAAAAAUAUCAAAGUAUAAAAUACAAAGAAAUCAAGUUAUGAAAUAG